UAUAGGAAUCUGAAAAGGGAAACGCCCGCGUAACGUGGUCAGUUUAUGCCCAUACAAAUCUCCCCUCUUCUCCUCUCUUCUCCCCCACACCGUCUCCUCCUUUCCUUUCUUCACUCGUACGGAAAAAUACAUACAUACCUCUACCCACCACCACCACCAUCACAACAAUUACCUACAUGCAUUUGGAAACCGACGAAAAUCUCUCUCUCCUUGCUGAUCCACAGCAAAUGGGAGGCCAGACCACUUCAAUCGCCGGCGCUUUAGUCCCUACCGUCAAGUCCGAGCCGGCAGAUUCCUCUGCCGAACCGCCAUCAGCUAUGCCGCCGCCGCCAUCCCAGAAGCUGCAGGAUCUCGAGGAGGUCGAUAAAGAUAUUCUGUGUCCGAUAUGCAUGCAAAUCAUAAAGGAUGCGUUUUUGACGGUCUGUGGACAUAGUUUUUGCUACAUGUGUAUCGUGACUCAUCUUCAGAACAAGAGUAAUUGUCCUUGUUGCUCUCAUUUCCUCACCACCAAUCAUAUAUACCCCAAUUUCCUCCUUAACAAGUUACUGACGAAGACAUCGGCUCGUCAAAUAGCAAAAAGUGGCACUCCUUUGGAACAGCUUCGCCAGGCAUUAGAACAGGGAUGCGAAGCGUCAAUUAAGGAGCUUGAGAGCCUCUUGUAUCUUAUUGCUGAGAAGAAAAGCAAAAUGGAGCGAGAAGAAGCUGAGACAAAUCUACAGAUUCUGCUUGAUUUUCUGCAUUGUUUGAAAAAGAAAAAACUUGAUGAGCUGAGUGAGAUUCAAUCUGACCUCCAAUACAUUAAAGAAGAUAUUCAUGCUGUGGAGAGACGUCGAAUAGAGUUGUGCCGGAGAAGGGAUAGAUACUCCGCAAAACUGAGAAUGCUUAUCGACGAUCCCCCUUCCAAAUCGGCAUUACCUUUGCUUAUGGAUAAACAUUGUGGUCUCAGUGUUUCUAGAACUGCUAUGGCACCAGGCCAAGGCCGCAUGAGUUCUGGCGGGUCCCAAAAUAGAAAAGUUGAUGGAAAAUCUUCUGCAAGUCCUUUAAUCCUAAGGAAGGAUUCUUAUGGUGGGUCAGACACCCAAAGUCUUACUCAUUCUGGACUGGCAUUGGCAAGAAAGAGGCGGGUGCAUGCACAGUUCAAUGAUCUACAAGACUGUUACUUGCAAAAGCGGCGAUAUUGGGCGAGACUAUCUUCAGAAAAGCAAGAACGGGAUAGACAUGGUUCCAAUUUAGAAGGUUACAGUGAAGGACUUGAAGAUUUUCAGUCUGUCCUGUCAACCUUCACAAGAUACAGUCGGUUGCGGGUUGUUGCUGAGCUUAGACAUGGAGAUUUGUUUCACUCAGCUAAUAUUGUAUCAAGUAUAGAAUUUGACCGAGAUGAUGAAUUGUUUGCUACUGCUGGAGUAUCAAGACGUAUCAAGAUUUUUGAGUUUUCAUCGGUAGUUAAUGAACCAUCUGAUGUGCAAUGUCCAGUUGCGGAAAUGUCCACACGAUCAAAACUCAGCUGUUUAAGCUGGAACAAGUACGCAAAAAAUCACAUAGCCAGCAGCGACUAUGAAGGCAUUGUAACUGUUUGGGAUGUGACUACUCGGCAGAGUGUGAUGGAAUACGAGGAGCAUGAAAAACGUGCCUGGAGUGUUGAUUUUUCCCGUACAGAACCUUCAAUGCUUGUAUCAGGGAGUGACGAUUGCAAGGUCAAAGUAUGGUGUACGAAACAGGAGGCAAGUGUGCUCAACAUUGAUAUGAAAGCCAAUAUAUGUUCUGUCAAAUAUAACCCUGGAUCCAGCAUUCAUAUAGCGGUUGGUUCUGCAGAUCAUCAUAUUCAUUACUAUGACUUAAGAAAAAUCAGCCAGCCAUUACAUAUUUUCAGUGGGCAUAGGAAGGCUGUAUCAUAUGUGAAAUUUUUGUCCAACAAUGAGCUUGCUUCUGCAUCUACUGACAGUACAUUGCGCCUAUGGGAUGUUAAUGAAAAUGUUCCGCUACGCGUAUUCAGGGGCCAUGCAAAUGAGAAGAACUUUGUGGGCCUAACGGUUAAUAGUGAAUACAUAGCCUGCGGCAGUGAAACAAAUGAGGUGUUUGUGUAUCACAAGGCAAUUUCUAGACCCGCAGCGUGGCAUAGAUUCGUGAGUACUGACACAGAUGAAGCAGAUGAAGACGCAGGGUCAUACUUCAUUAGUGCUGUGUGUUGGAAAAGUGAUAGCCCAACUAUGCUAACAGCUAACAGUCAAGGGACAAUAAAGGUUCUUGUACUUGCGCCUUGAUUGAUGAAAUCGAAUAUAUGCAAAUAUAGGAGUAAAUAAAGGAAUUGAAAAAUUAAAUUAAAUUAUUUAUCUUUACCCUGGAAAUCCAACUCAUGGACUAGCUGUUUGUUGGAUUCCACCAAAAAUAUAGCUGCAAUUGGAUUUCAGCAUCUGAAAUUGGCAUCGUUGCCAACUUCCAUGUCGAUCCCAUUGUGCUAUGGUGAUCAUCAUUCUUGUCAAGAGCGGACCAAGAGCAGGUAUGGCUUAAGUUGUAGAUACACGUAUAGCGUGUUUUGACAGGUUAUUGCUACAUGUGGAUGUUCAUUACCUGAAA